AUGUCGGCCGCGCCAUCACGGUCGUCCCGACGCGUCGCUACACGCCGCAGGGCUGUCAUCGACUCUGACGACGACGAGCCCUCGGGCAUCAGCAAGACCCAAGACGAUGAGCUCGAUGAGCUCGAUGAGCUCGACCAGGACCUCUCCCAGCUUCCCCAGCGCAGGACGCGAAGCGGCCGCUCCUCGAUGGCCUCGACCACAUCCGCCAAGCCCGCCAGACCGACGAGGACCACGCGCAAGACGUCGGCGCCGGUCCAGAGAGCAAAGGCCGAGCCCGAACCGACACCGGAGCCUGAAGAGAAGCCGCCCGUACCCCAGAUAAAGGAGCCGGACCAAGACGAGAACGAUGCCGUGGAAGCGGCUGGCGACCCAGUCAAGACGGAGCCCGCCGUCCCCGAGUCACCAAAGCGCCCCCGCCGAAGCGCAACGCCGAGGACUUCGGUGGCCGAUGUGCCCAAGCUCGCGCCCCAGACGCCUAGCAGCAAGCCUCUGGCGUCGCAGGCUGGCGCGCCAAACCCGUCGCCCCUGGCCGAUAUCACAGGCAUGAACACGCGCCUCCCGGAUAUGCCACAGACUGUCAAGCCGAUGAGGUCCAUGGACACGUUCCUUGACAAGCCGCUCGAUAUCGUCGUCAAGCAGCGCACCAUGGCAAUCCCCUUGGUCGAGGAUACAACACCAAAGUCGCGCAUCGUCAUUACGUAUCUGAUGCUCACAAACUUCAAGAGUUAUGCCGGCCGCCAGGAAGUCGGCCCGUUCCACGCCACCUUUUCGUCCGUGGUCGGCCCCAACGGCUCCGGAAAGUCCAACGUGAUUGAUUCGCUUCUCUUCGUCUUUGGGUUCCGCGCCAGCAAAAUGCGACAGGGCAAGAUCUCUGCGCUUAUCCACAACUCGGCACAGUACCCUGACCUCGACCACUGCGAGGUCGCAGUUCACUUCCAUGAAGUUAUGGAUCAGCCUGGCGGUGGCCAUGUCGUCAUUCCCGACUCCGAAUUGAUCAUCUCACGGAAAGCAUUCAAGAACAAUUCGAGCAAAUACUAUAUCAACAACAAGACCUCCGAUUUUACAUCAGUCACCACUCUAUUGAAGGACAAAGGCGUCGAUUUGGACCACAAGCGUUUUCUGAUUCUCCAGGGUGAGGUUGAGUCCAUUGCUCAGAUGAAGUCCAAGGCCGCGAAUGAGCACGAAGACGGCCUCUUGGAAUAUCUCGAAGACAUCAUUGGCACCUCGAAAUAUAAGACCCCCAUCGAAGAGUCGGCUGCCGAAGUCGAGUCCCUCAACGAUAUUUGUGUUGAAAAGAGCAGCCGUGUGCAACAUGUCGAAAAGGAAAAGAGCAGUCUCGAGGGCAAAAAGGAUAUCGCCAUGGCUUUCAUUCGCGACGAGAAUGAGCUUGUCAUCAAGCAAUCCGCCCUCUACCAACUCUUCCUACACGAAUGCAGCGAAAAUAUCAUGGUCACGGAGGAGGCCAUCAACCAGAUGCAGGCGCAGCUUGAUGACGAGCUCGAGAAACACCAAGGCAGCGAGACACUCAUCAAGGACCUCCAGAAGCAGUACAAGCAAGGCAGAAAGGAUGUUGACGCGCACGAUAAGGAGACGCAAGCUCUUGCAAAGGAGAUGGCGCAAUUUGACCAAGAACGUGUCAAGUUUGAAGAGAAGAAAAAAUUCCUUGACGAUAAACGCAAGAAGUUUGAGCGCACCAUUGCCAAUGCCGAAAAGGAUUCCGCAACUGCCGAUGAGACGAUGGCGGAAAGCGCCAAGAUUAUGGAAAAAAGCACCAAGGAUGUCACGGAUCUCGAGAGCCAAAUCGAGACCGAGGAGGCCGAGUUGGUCAAGAUUCGAGAGGGCUUGCAGGGCAAAACGCAAAAGUUUUCGGACCAGAUCGCCGUCAAGCAAAAGACCCUGGAGCCUUGGCUGGAGAAGAUCAAUGAGAAGCAGUCAGCCAUCGCGGUUGCCGAGAGUGAGCUGACUAUUCUACAAGACAAGGAGAACGCGGGUGCCAUUGCUCUCCAGGAACUGGAGACCAAGAUCAAGUCUAUUGAAGCUACAAAGGUGGAAAAAGUCACGGAGCUCAAGGAAUGCGAAGCUCAAAAGGCAAAACUCGCCACGGAAGCCGAGAAGAUGCAGUCGGAAAUCGAUAUCCUUUCCGAACAGGAACCCAAAAUGCGUACCAAAAUUUCGAGCACAAGACAAAAAGCCGAUGAGGCACGAUCGAGCCUCGCAAGCACCCAGACGAGAGGCAAUGUUCUUGCUGCCCUCAUGCGCAUGCGCGAAUCUGGACGUAUCGAAGGAUUCCACGGCCGUCUCGGUAAUCUUGGUACCAUGGAUGAGAAGUACGACGUUGCAGUCUCGACUGCUUGCGGCGCACUAGACAACUUUGUUACCGAAACUGUUGAAUCGGGACAACAGUGCAUCGAGCAUCUUCGCAAAAACAACCUCGGCAGAGGCAACUUCAUUUGCCUGGACAAGCUCAAAGACCGGAACCUGGCCCCCAUUCAAACACCGGAAAAUGCUCCGCGUCUGUUUGAUCUGGUCAAGCCCCAGCAUGACCGCUUCCGACCCGCUUUCUACCACGCCAUGCAAGACACAAUCGUGGCAGUGGACUUGGCCCAAGCGAACCGAAUUGCUUAUGGUGCCAAGCGCUGGCGGGUUGUUACUCUGGCUGGUGAGCUGAUUGACAAGUCCGGUACCAUGUCCGGUGGUGGCUCGACCGUCAAGAAGGGUCUCAUGUCGUCAAAGUUGAGCAGCGACGUCACCAAGGAGCAAGUUGCCAAGCUGGAGUCAGACCGAGAUACCUGGGAGGCUAAAUUCCAAGAGUUUCAAGAGUACCAGCGAGAGUGCGAAAACCGCAUGAGAGAGAUUAAUGCCGAAAUUCCCGCCCUCGAAACUAAGAUACAAAAGAUUGGACUCGAAGUGGAAAGCGCUACUCGCAACAUUGCUGAUCUACAGCGCCGCAUCAAGUCCGUUAGCCAGGAGUAUCGGCCGUCUGCCACUGAUGCUUCGAGGAUCAAGGAACUGCAAAAAGACAUUGCUUCGCUCAACUCGGGAAUUGAAAAGAUACGUGGUGACACUUCCAGCCUCGAGGAGGAGAUCAAGGCCCUACAGGACAAAAUCAUGGAAGUUGGUGGCGAGAAACUUCGCAUGCAGCGUGCCCUUGUUGACGGUUUGAAAGACCAAAUUUUGUCACACAAUGAGGAGAUCUCCUUUGCCGAAGUUCGCAAGGCCAAGGCUGAGAAGCAAAAAGUCAAGCUUGAAAAGGACACGGCCAAGGCCGCCAAGGAACGCGAUGCUGCUUUGGCCGAGCUUGAAAAGCUCGAGGACGACAUUGGUAACCAGGGCACUAAGGCGGACGAGCUUCGGCAAAGUGUGGACGAAGCACGAGCGGCUCUUGCUACUAAGAAAGCUCAGCUUGAGGAAUUGAAGGAAGAGUUGGACGUCAAGACCUCUGAGCUAAACGAGACGCGUGCUGUUGAGAUUGAGAUGCGCAACAAGCUGGAGGAGAACCAAAAGGCACUCAACGAGAACCAGAAGCGUCAGCGAUACUGGCAUGACAAGCUCUCCAAGCUUGUUCUGCAAGACAUCAACGACCUGAUUGGCGAGUCGGCGCCGAAGCGCGCAACACCCGCACCCGAGACCAUGGUAGACAAGUCUCAGGUUGACUCCGACGACGUUGAAAUGAGCGAGCCCGACCAGGCGGACAAGGGUGACGUGAGCAUGGAUGAUGCAGAGGAACCCCGAGCCGAGGAGCCCGAGCGUUCUGUGUAUCAGCCACAGGAGUUGCCUCAGUACACCCCAGACGAGCUCGCUGAGAUGAGCAAGGAGACGCUCAAGGGUGAAAUCGCUGCCCUCGAGGAAAAGACGCAAAAUGUUGCUGUUGACCUCGGUGUCGUUGCCGAGUACCGCCGACGUGUCGAGGAGCAUGCUGCCAGGGCCUCUGAUCUGCAGUCGGCUCUCGACCAGCGUGACGCGGCCAAGAAGCGCUGCGACGACCUGCGACGCAUGCGCCUGGAGGGCUUCAUGGCUGGCUUCAGCGCCAUCUCCCUGCGCCUCAAGGAGAUGUACCAGAUGAUUACCAUGGGCGGCAAUGCGGAGCUGGAACUCGUCGACAGCCUGGACCCCUUCAGCGAAGGCAUCCUGUUUAGCGUCAUGCCGCCCAAGAAGAGCUGGAAGAAUAUCAGCAACCUCUCUGGUGGCGAGAAGACGCUCAGCAGUCUUGCGCUCGUGUUUGCUCUGCACCACUACAAACCGACACCACUUUACGUCAUGGACGAGAUUGAUGCCGCUCUGGAUUUCAGAAACGUUUCCAUUGUUGCAAACUAUAUCAAGGAGCGCACCAAGAAUGCCCAGUUUAUUGUCAUUUCACUCCGAAACAACAUGUUUGAGCUUGCUGCUCGUCUAGUUGGCGUGUACAAGGUAAACCACAUGACCAAGAGUGUGACAAUCGAGAACCAAGACUUCAUUGCCCGUCCGCAGCAGCCACAGCAACAACGGCCGGCGAUGGGGGGGCAUACAACAACGCUGGCGCUGCGGACGUCUUCCCCUGGCGUUGCCGAGUUUGACAGAAUAUUUGGCCGCUCGGUUGUGCGACGAGCAUUUCGCGAGAAGGCGUCGACGGCUCGCAAUCGGGCGACCACUUGCUAUUAUAAAAGGACGGACGACUGCUCUCGAGAUUUGGGCGAGAAAGAGAGGCAAAAGAGGGCAGCUGUUUUGACUCUUUGCUACAUUAACGAAAUCAUGUGGCGUCUACUUCUUCUUAUGCUUGCCGCCCUCGGCGUCGCAGCGCUUCCGGCGGCCAACGACUAUGAUGAAUGCAAACGCGAUGACCUCUACAAGUCCCUGCAGUGGGACGGCGAGGUCUUUUGCUCCAUGAUUCUGGACCCCGACUGCUACACCUCUGUCAGCACGCCGGUGGACUAUGCGACCUAUGAUGGCGACAAGCUGUCCUCCUAUGUCAUCUGCUACUACCAUCUGGCAGAACACGACAUCGCGCACGGCAUCUCACAGCGUACCAACGCAGGCGCCGGCUCCUGGACCGCCUUGGAGCUCGGCCAACACAACGAUAGUGACAGCCACGACAUCGACUCAGGUGGUCAAUCGGACCAUCACCAUCAUCCCGGUACCAACCACUUCAGAGACAUUUUUGCCUGGAAAUACGACCUCUACGCAGGCGUCCAAUGCCACAACUCUGACGUCUUCGGAAUCAGAAAUCACAUCCGUGACGGCUAUCCCCGGCAACACCACUUCUACUCAAGUGUCAAACACUACGUCGCCAACGUCUUCCGAAACGGAAAUCACGUCCGUGACAGCUGUCCCCGGAAAUACCACAUCUACUCGGGCGUCAAAUACAUCGCUACCCACGUCGUCUACAACGGACAUCAGCUCGACCACCAUGAUCCCUGGAAAUACCACUUCCACCCUGCCGACCAAUACUUCCUCGCUGACGUUGCCUAUCCCGCGACACCCACGCCCUUUGCCGCCGCCAACUUCACCAGCGUCCUGCGCGGGCCGGCGCCGUCGUCCCAGGCGUGCCACUACCGGCCGCAAGCCCAGGACGGGGCGGCGCACGUGGCGACGCUGCAAAACGAAGACGUCCGGCGGCAGAACCUCACGCUGGCGUUCCCCUACGUCGGCUCCGUCAACUUUGACAGCGACGGCAUCACGCCGCUCUCGCUGUCCGUCCGCGACGCGGCCAAGGGCUCGCACCUCUUUGACGUCUCGGACCCGUCGGCCGUGACCAUUUUCGACACGCGCAACAACUCGCUGCGGCUGGACCUGACCGGCAUCCACUUCGUCACCGGCCACUGCAACCUCACCGUGUCGUACCUCAUCGACAACAUGUACGCCCAGCUCGCCCAGCAGUCGCUCGAGAUGUGCGCCAAGGGGCCCCGCCGCCUGCUCGCCGGCGAGCAGACCUUUUCCCAGACCCUCGUCCUGCGCGACCAGUGCGGCAGCCCGGUCGGCCGCAGGGUGCGGCGGUACCCGGACCUGCGCAUCGACGACGAGCAGUGCACCCCCGUGCCCGCCGGCGACGACGCCAACGGCACGUGGACGUUUGACUGCCCGUGGCAGAGCGCCGGCUCCACGGCGCAGCGCUGCAUGGCGGCCGUCGAGCGGCACGCCGUCGACUUUUUGCUCUACGACCCGUUCAACGGCGGCUGCGCCGACGCCUCGAGCGUCGUCACGCUGCUCGAGGCCUCGGCGCAGGACAUGCUCAGCCUGGCGGCCAUCCAGCAGGAGCUCAACAACCAGGUGCACAACGGCACGGGUGGCGGCGGCGACGGCCGCUUCUACCGCACCGACGACACCGUCAUGUACUACCUGCAGCUGUGGGAGACGCUCAAGAGCACCCUGUCCAAGACGCGCGGCCUCAACCCCGGCCGCGGCAGCAACCUGAAGCAGUACCUCGACACGUACAACCGGUACCGCGGCUUCGCCGCUGACGCCUGCGGGAGCAGCGCCGGCGCCGGCGCCGCCGUGCUGAGCCUGACGGCCGGCAGCAGCACGAUUCCCGUGCUGGCCGACCUGCGCGACAUGCCCGGCGCAAGCGCGCCGCCGCUCAGGGCCCGCAUCCAGGACCCGGCCAAGAUGGCCUGCUGUCCCAACGGCGGCGUCGCCGCCACGGACCCCGUCACCGGCAAGUGCGCAUAUCCGCCGGCGGCGCUCGUGCCGGGCAGCUCCGACUGCGUGUGCGGCCAGACGGCGGGCCUAGCCUCGGUGGCUUUCCGGUACCGCCAGUGCGACAACUUUGUCAGCGCCUGCCAGGCGGAUGCCGACUGCGCGGCGGCUGGCUACGCUGGCCACCUGUGCCUCAUUGGCAGCUGCUGUGGACAGGGUGUCUGCUUUGACCCGUUUGAGUGCUCUCGGGCAAACGUGCUUUUGCUUCCGGGUACUGUUGAAUGA